GACCAUCGCCUUCGCAUGACGACCAGCUAUUCUAUCGCCUCGUCGUUAUAUUUGUUCGCCAUGCCACCACCAUUAUGUGUGACAUCCCGUGAUCCCUGCGAGUUUCUUGGAUACCGAAUGUCUUCUUCGAUGUAGGAAGAUCGGUAGGACCACGGACCAGGGACGGACAAAGAAGAGCUAGGGAAUCUCGAUGUAGAUAAACCUGUUCCUCCUUGCGAGUUUCGCGGAUACCGAACGUCUCUUCGAAGCAAGAGCGCCGGUAGGACCAAGAACCAAGGACGAACGAAGAAUAUAGAUUGCCUCCCUCAAACAAAAAAAAACAAAAAAAAAAAAAAAAGAUGGGGAGAAGAGGAGGGUAGCUCCUAUGUGGAAGGGAAUCUUGCCCGGGCGUGCCAGAUCUUCUCCCACCGCCGAAGACGAACGCCCCUCGAUGUAGAGGUUAGUAGAGACGCGGAGGGGGCUAGACGAACCAAGGGAGCCUUGCCAAGAUAAACCUGUUUAUCCCACAAAUGACCAUGGAUCGAUGGACGUGGGAUAACAAAGACGGGAACCCGUGAGGGUAGACCAGUUCGUCCCUGCGAGUCCUUGGGUAUCGAACGUCCUCUUCGAAGCAAGAGACGUCGGUAAGGCUAAAAGGACCACGGACGAACGAAAAAAGGGGGGAAUCUCGAUGUAGAUAAACCUGUUCCUCCUUGCGAUGUCGGCGGACACCGAACGUCUCCUCGAAGUAGGGACGCCGGUGGGACCAGGGACCAAGGACGAACGAAGACUAAAAGACUCCAAAAAAAAAAAAAAAAAAAAAAAAAAGAUGGGGAGAAGAGGAGGGUAGCUCCUAUGUGGAAGGGAAUCUUGCCCGGGCGUGCCAGAUCUUCUCCCACCGCCGAAGACGAACGCCCCUCGAUGUAGAGGUUAGUAGAGACGCGGAGGGGGCUAGACGAACCAAGGGAGCCUUGCCAAGAUAAACCUGUUUAUCCCACAAAUGACCAUGGAUCGAUGGACGUGGGAUAACAAAGACGGGAACCCGUGAGGGUAGACCAGUUCGUCCCUGCGAGUCCUUGGGUAUCGAACGUCCUCUUCGAAGCAAGAGACGUCGGUAAGGCUAAAAGGACCACGGACGAACGAAAAAAGGGGGGAAUCUCGAUGUAGAUAAACCUGUUCCUCCUUGCGAUGUCGGCGGACACCGAACGUCUCCUCGAAGUAGGGACGCCGGUGGGACCAGGGACCAAGGACGAACGAAGACUAAAAGACUCCAAAAAAAAAAAAAAAAAAAAAAAAAAAGAUGGGGAGAAGAGGAGGGUAGCUCCUAUGUGGAAGGGAAUCUUGCCCGGGCGUGCCAGAUCUUCUCCCACCGCCGAAGACGAACGCCCCUCGAUGUAGAGGUUAGUAGAGACGCGGAGGGGGCUAGACGAACCAAGGGAGCCUUGCCAAGAUAAACCUGUUUAUCCCACAAAUGACCAUGGAUCGAUGGACGUGGGAUAACAAAGACGGGAACCCGUGAGGGUAGACCAGUUCGUCCCUGCGAGUCCUUGGGUAUCGAACGUCCUCUUCGAAGCAAGAGACGUCGGUAAGGCUAAAAGGACCACGGACGAACGAAAAAAGGGGGGAAUCUCGAUGUAGAUAAACCUGUUCCUCCUUGCGAUGUCGGCGGACACCGAACGUCUCCUCGAAGUAGGGACGCCGGUGGGACCAGGGACCAAGGACGAACGAAGACUAAAAGACUCCAAAAAAAAAAAAAAAAAAAAAAAAAAAAAAAAAAGAGAGAGAAAGAAAGAUGCCAGAAGAGCACGGAGCAAAGAAUGAUUUUAUCCCUCGGCGCUAUUGGCCGGGAAGUACAAACUGAAAAACAUAUGUAAAAGAAUAAUUACAAAACUUAAGUACGAAGAAUGAGGUGGCCGACGACGAUCGGCUAACAUCAGGUUUUCUUUUGUCUUAAACGACGAAUACCAGCUCCCCAGAUCAGGUAGGAGGGACAUCGCCCGGAUUUAUUUCAGGCUCACCAUUCCUUCCCGGAUGGAGUCCUGGCAGACGAUCGGCUUCUCACAGCCAAUCAGGAGAGAGACUUGACACAUCACCAGCACGGCCGAGGGCCGCGAGAGGCCGAGGGCCAUGAGAUGAUCAUCACUAUUUUUCUGUAUCACGAUCGGCCCCUCAGCGCCAUCGUGUUCAGAUUCACGAUUCGGCUCGCCCAUUCCCUCCAGGAUGGCGACGACCGUCUUAUGCAGCACGAUCGGCUUCUCAACGCCAUCGUGUCUGGCUUCACGGUUCGGCUCGCCCGUUCCCUCCAGGAUGGCGACGACCGUCUUAUGCAGCACGAUCGGCUUCUCAGCGCCAUCGUGUCUGGCUUCACGGUUCGGCUCGCCCAUUCCCUCCAGGAUGGCGACGACCGUCUUAUGCCGUACGAUCGGCCCCUCGGCGCCAUCGUACCUGGCUUCACGGUUCGGCUCGCCCAUUCCCUCCAGGAUGGCGACGACCGUCUUAUGCAGUGCGAUCGGCCCCUCAGCGCCAUCGUGUCUCCUUCACGUUCGGAUCGCCCAUUCCCUCCAGGAUGGCGAUGAACGUCCUAUGCAGUGCGAUCGGCCCCUCAGCGCCAUCGUAUCUGGCUUCACGAUUCGGCUCGCCCAUUCCCUCCAGGAUGGCGACGACCGUCUUAUGCAGCACGAUCGGCUUCUCAGCGCCAUCGUGUCUGGCUUCACGGUUCGGCUCGCCCGUUCCCUCCAGGAUGGCGACGACCGUCUUAUGCAGCACGAUCGGCUUCUCAGCGCCAUCGUACCUGACUUCACGGUUCGGCUCGCCCAUUCCCUCCAGGAUGGCGACGACCGUCUUAUGCAGUGCGAUCGGCCCCUCAGCGCCAUCGUACCCAGCUCACGUUCAGCUCGUCCACCCCUUCCAGGGUGGCGACGAACGUCUUAUGCAUCACGAUCGGCCCCUCAGCGCCAUCGUGUCCAGAUUCACGGUUCGGCUCGUCCAUUCCCUCCAGGAUGGCGACGACCGUCUUAUGCAGUACGAUCGGCCCCUCAGCGCCAUUGUACCCAGCUUACGUUCAGCUCGUCCAUCCCUUUCAGGGUGGCGACGAACGUCUUAUGCAUCACGAUCGGCUUCUCAGCGCCAUCGUAUCUCUAUCACGUUCGGAUCGCCCAUUCCCUCCAGGAUGGCGACGAACGUCCUAUGCAGUGCGAUCGGCCCCUCAGCGCCAUCGUAUCUGGCUUCACAGUUCGGCUCGCCCGUUCCCUCCAGGAUGGCGACGACCGUCUUAUGCAGCACGAUCGGCUUCUCAGCGCCAUCGUGUCUGGCUUCACGGUUCGGCUCGCCCAUUCCCUCCAGGAUGGCGACGACCGUCUUAUGUCGUACGAUCGGCCCCUCGGCGCCAUCGUACCUGGCUUCACGGUUCGGCUCGCCCAUUCCCUCCAGGAUGGCGACGACCGUCUUAUGCAUCACGAUCGGCCCCUCAGCGCCAUCGUGUCCAGAUUCACGGUUCGGCUCGCCCAUUCCCUCCAGGAUGGAGACGACCGUCUUAUGCAGUACGAUCGGCCCCUCAGCGCCAUCGUACCCAGCUCACGUUCAGCUCGUCCAUCCCCUCCAGGAUGGCGACGAACGUCUCUUAUGCAGCACGAUCAGCGCCCCAGCGCCAUCGUGUCUGGCUCACGUUAGGGUCGCCCAUCCCUUCCAGGAUGGCGACGAACGUCUCUUAUGCAGCACGAUCAGCGCCCCAGCGCCAUCGUGUCUGGCUCACGUUAGGGUCGCCCAUCCCUUCCAGGAUGGCGACGAACGUCUCUUAUGCAGCACGAUCAGCGCCCCAGCGCCAUCGUGUCUGGCUCACGUUAGGGUCGCCCAUCCCUUCCAGGAUGGCGACGAACGUCUCUUAUGCAGCACGAUCAGCGCCCCAGCGCCAUCGUGUCUGGCUCACGUUAGGGUCGCCCAUCCCUUCCAGGAUGGCGACGAACGUCUCUUAUGCAGCACGAUCAGCGCCCUAGCGCCAUCGUGUCUGGCUCACGUUAGGGUCGCCCAUCCCUUCCAGGAUGGCGACGAACGUCUCUUAUGCAGCACGAUCAGCGCCCCAGCGCCAUCGUGUCUGGCUCACGUUAGGGUCGCCCAUCCCUUCCAGGAUGGCGACGAACGUCUCUUAUGCAGCACGAUCAGCGCCCCAGCGCCAUCGUGUCUGGCUCACGUUAGGGUCGCCCAUCCCUUCCAGGAUGGCGACGAACGUCUCUUAUACAGCACGAUCAGCGCCCCAGCGCCAUCGUGUCUGGCUCACGUUAGGGUCGCCCAUCCCUUUCAGGAUGGCGACGAACGUCUCUUAUGCAGCACGUCUGCCCCUCGGCGCUGACAUGCCCGGGUUAUCGAUGAGAGCCACCGCUUUCUAUCACAUCUCACAUUCCUUCUCUCAUACAUCGCACCCAUACAUUACAUGCAUUCAUGCAUUCAUGCAUCAUACCUCAUACAUUCAUACAUACACAUGUGCAUCGUGUUUUGACAGUACCGCGACAUCGGUUUAUAGACGCAUGGACCUCUAAGCUUCUCCGAUUGGAAAGCUCGAGUCAGAGUCCUCUACUCUCGCCUGAUGCAUUCAGGGGGAGCGUGCCCGUGGAGGAGCACCCUUCGCCCGACCAUGUCGGAAAGGGGGGUGCCUCACUGGUAGAUUACGUUCAGGAGUACAGACACUCACUCAUAUAUUAUGAUUAUGUGAAGACACAGUUUCCAGCAAGACAGAGGAAGAGCGCAGGCAGAGUAUAUUUUCUCGAGCAGAUUCGCGAGCUCACUACUCAAGAAACUGGGGGACUUGUGUUGGGAUAUAUUAUCCCGGCCUAUUACUGUUCAGGAGCCCAAGACAUUAUCCAGUACGGAGCCCGAGCAGCUAGGCCCAUUUCGGCCCAUCCGGCCCACUUUGACCACCAGGCCUGAUAUCGGCCCGUUUGGCCCAUUAGGGUGGAGAGCCCCUUCUCUCCUUCCCCUAUAAAUACGGAGCUUAGCCUCCAUGUAAAGGAUCCC